AUGCAGUCAGUCGACUGCAUUCUUAAAUACUACAUAGACCAAUCUCUAAGUGGCAACUAUACCUGCCUAGCAAAGAAUCUCUACGGCUCUGACUCAGUAGAAUACACAGUGAUUGUUCUACCUUUACCUGAAGCUCCUAUACUCCGAGCGACUCCGUACAAAGACUCGAUACUGGUGGAAUGGGAGCAGCCAUACUAUUCUGUCAGUAAUAGGAGUUCUAGUCAGAAGAUUAGUUACAGUUUGACAUGGAAGGAAGCCAACAGUCCAUGGAGAGAGGCGUGGCCAGCGAACAAACUGCCCAACUUAUCGGGAGUCCAGAAACAUGCUCUGACUGGCCUCAAGUGCGGCACUAAAUAUUCCUUGCGAAUUACUGCCACCAAUAAGGUUGGAACUUCACAACCUGCUUAUUUGGAUGUCAGUACUUUGGGUGGAGUUCCAAUACCACCAUCAACAAACGACUGGUUAUGGAGUAACUCCUCACAUAUAUACGUGCAACUAGCUGGCUGGGACCAUGGAGGCUGUGCGCUGAGGGUCUUAGAUGUGGAGUACAAACAGCUUGGAGGCAGAACCUGGACUAGAGCUCAUAAUAAUAUGCCCUACUCAGACCUCUCUUCAUGGAGUCUCCAAUCUUUAUAUCAAACGAAGAUCCCAACAUUUGCGAUCUCAGACCUUACCCCUGGCACAUGGUACCAGCUGAGAGUGACUGCAACCAAUGAGGCUGGAAGCGUCACCACUACUUAUAGUUAUGCUACGAAGAAUGAAGAUGGAAGUGAUGUCGGUCCUCCAUCGGAACUCUUCGACUUAAAUAUGCUGGUCAUCAUUUGCAGUUCCAUUCUCCUCACAAUCUGCCUUCUUAGUUGUAUCUACAUACUUGUGAAGAGACAAAGGACUGGCAACUUAACAGAAUACCGAGACUCUAUAACCGUAGACAAUAAAUCAGAGAGCGGGAACUUAACGGCAAAUACGUCACACACCAAUUUGGCGAAUGUGAAGGAAAACGCAAUCAACGCACAGAAUAGGAUAUACAGCGCUCCUAUACAUCUGAGGAAUAAUAGCAAGCAUGAACUAUACGAGAUAAGUCCGUACGCGCAGUUCGCAGUGGGCUUCAGAACCUUCGGCCAUGUCGAAAACCAGGACAUGCCGAGUCGACAUACGAAACAUAGAUAUGAUACAGAAACGAGUUUCCAAGUAUGUUCAGAGUCUGAGGACAGCGAUAGCAUAUCAAAGUCCACAUUAAAAAGUGUUCCUAGAAAAGCCUGCAGAACACCACAUCAUAGGUAACUAGACAACGAAGAAGUUUAAAAAAAAAAUAGACUCAAAGGACCACCAAAUUAAUCAACACACCAGCACAUGAAGUUACCACCAAA